CCAGUCUAUAACAUCAAUGGAAUGCCCAACAAGACUGGAGCAAUCCAACACACAGUUGACCUCAUCACAGGAUACAGAGAACAUACAGAACACACAACAUUCCAUGUAACAGGACUUGGGUAUAAAGAAGUAUUGAUUGGACAUCCAUGGCUCAUGCAGCACAACGUGGACAUUGACUGGAUGACAGGAAAGGUGUUGAUGACA